CAUAUUCAUCACUGAAGCGAAGGGGAGGAGAAACAUGAAAGAUUUUACAAAAACUCUCUGUCUUUUAAGUCUCUUUCAAUUAAAUUUUGCUGCAGAGACGCCAACGAACCUCGUUCAAGGUGAUAUAACAACCAUUUGGACGCCAGCUUAUAGGGAUUUGCAAAGAAUCAGGCUAAGAUUAAACAACAGACACACAUUCGUUUUUAAAGUUAAAGCCUGUUCUGAAGCCCAUAUUUACUUGUUUGAGUACUUCCCGGGUGGACCUCUCUAUGAAGUACAUCUAGGCCUAGGUGUCCAGGACAAUACAUGGAGCUUUCUGGAUGUAUACAAAAGAGAAGGGUCAGCCAUAACCGAACAGACGAAAAAAGACGUAAAUAGUCCAGGAAUUAUCGACUGUUCGGAUUACAGAACAUUCUGGAUUUCUUGGCGACACGAGGAAUUUGCAGUUGGUCAAGGUCCUAUUAGAAAUGAACAACUUUUAAUGACAACCACUUUACCGCGUUAUCCAAAAGAUUAUAGAUUUGAGGUUGUUGAAGCAGUUUUAACAACAAUGUACGGCAAUACGGGAUUAUGGCAAGUGCAGGAAGGAAUGGCUCAUAGUUUAAGAUUAUUUACGCCGAGUAGUCCUUUUAACAUGCGCUACAAUUACAUAUGGAAAACAGUAGAAAGAAGGGAUGGAUUUUUUGCCUUUAGAGUUAGGUCUUGUCAAGAUGCUCAUAUAUCUCUCGCCUUAAAUCAAGGAGAAAGGGAUUACGAGGUCGUUCUUGGUAGCUAUUACAAUACAAAGUUUUCUUUACGUAAAUACCGCGGAAGAUACGUUCAAAAGGACGUUGUUAAUCAGAAUGGUGUUGUUCAUUGUAUUGAUUUUCGAGCAUUUUGGAUUUCUUGGAGAAAUGGAACAAUCUCUGUUGGUAGAGGAUCAGUCUACGGAAGGAAUACCGAAGUGGAAUUAUAUGAUAAAGAUUUUAGAGGUGUUAGCGUUCUUGGAUUUACUCAAUUCGCAGUCGACGCCGAUUGGUUUUUUGACGAGGAAUUGUACAGCGAAUAUAAUUUCAUAGUCGACUCUCAGAAUAAUAAUAAUCGAAAAAAUCAAAGAGUCGUUAUAUCAAGACAAUAUCAUAUAUCAUUUAGAGUUCAAACUUGCGAAGGAGCUGAAAUUAUGCUCAUUCCCGAAAUUACUAAACCAGAAACUUCCUAUUUCGUACUAAUAGGUGAGAGUGAAAAUUCUAUAACCUCUAUAAUCAAUCCCGCCGGCCAAAACGCGCAGGCUCAAACGUCUAAAAUACUUAAUUGUGAUCACGAUCGUCCAUUUUGGAUUUCGUGGUGGAAUGGAACCCUUCGAGUUGGGAGGAGUUCUUUACCAUAUCUCAAUGAAAUUGUCAAUAUGAAAAUACCUAAAGAUUUAAGAUUUAACGUAGCCAUUUUCAAUACAAAAGUCAAUAAGCACUGGGGAUCAUUCUGGAGAAUGAAAAGAACGGACGUAGAAGCCGUCUACUUUCGUACGGAAAAAGCUAAAGGUUACAAUUAUGCCUGGUUGAAAGACAACGACGCUUAUUGGCAAAUUUUCAAUGUAAAAUCGUGUAACGGAGCUAAGCUUUUAUUAGCAGCCGACGUUCAAGUUAAGCAAAGAUCCUACGAGAUUAUCAUUGAUAAUAAUGGUAAUGAAUUGGUUAUUAAAGAACCAGUUGGAGAUGAUGGUUUGAUAAUUGAGAGGGAAAAUACGGGCAAACUAUUAGAUUGUGAUAACAUUAGAACAUUUUGGGUUUCCUGGUUGGACGGUUAUAUAAAAGUUGGUUUAGGUGAUAGAUUCAAUCAGAACAUGAAAAUAGCAACGAAACAAAUAAAACCUCACCCAGUUGCCGCAUUAGGGUUUUCUUCUAACAACGGAACCACUGGACAUUGGUAUUUAAUUGGUGAAAGAGCCGAUGUAGUAAGCAUGCAAGCGCCAUUUAAUAAUGAAAAUGAAGAUAAGUGGAUUCGUUUCUUAUAUCGUAACGAUCGGGUUUUCUUUUCUCUCUCUGCAUGUGAUAGUGUAGAUUUAACACUCUCCAAUAAAUUCCGUCAAACUGACCCUUACGCUAUAAGAAUAAAAAUUACAAAGAACAAAGCCACAUUGGAGGGGUUAGGACAGCUGAGCGGAGAAGGUGCAAACCAGGAUAAACCUAAUUUAAUAAGCUGUGACACGAGAAACUUUUAUGUUGCGUGGAAUAACGGGAAAUUUAGAUUUGGCAAAGGAUUGCAUAUAAGUGACUUUGACGAUGACGGUAUUGUUGAAAAGGUCUUUAGUAAAAAUUUACAGUUUGAGGCUCUUUCCUUCCGAUCGAGUGCCACUACUGGACAAGAUAAGGAUAGGCCAACUCUUAUGUUUAGAGAUCCAUUUCCUGCAGAAAUCACCUAUAAUACUCUUCCUACAUACUCCUACGAUCAACUUUGGAUAACGACCAAAUAUAGAAGAGGAAUAUUUUUCUCAGUUAAGGCGUGCGCUGACGUCUCAAUUAUUUUAUCGGCCGUUUUACAUUCUAGAGAACCUAGCUAUUCAUAUGAAAUUCGUUUAGGUCUCAGAAACGAUGAAUCUUUUAUAGUAGGCAGACAGUGGGCGGGCCGACUUGCCACAGCAAGAACCCCCGGAAUUCUCUCUUGUACGCAAGAAAGAACGUUUUGGGUGUCCUGGAUAAAUGGCAAUAUUGCGAUUGGGCAAGGUUUAGAACUGGGACGAGGGGUAAUUUUGAGUUUUGUCGACUUAAAGCCUUUUAGAGUUAAUGCGGCCGGUUUUACCACUGGGUCAGGUCAGAAAGGCAAUUUACGUCUAAUGCUGUAUAACGACUUUAAAGGCGGCAAAGGCAAUUCUGAUUCUGGAAAUGGAAUGACUGGCGGACAAAAAGCAGGAUUAGCAAUUGGUUUCUUAAUAGCUAUUGCGAUCUUCUGCGGAUUUGUUUUUGUUAUCUUCAGACCACCUGAACAGCUUCAGAGAUUUAUGGAAGCUCCUCCGUCAUCCGAAAUUCGCGAAGCCCCCGCAGGACCUUCCCAAGAAACAGAAUCGGAACCGAAACCGAAAAAGAGACUUGCCGCUCCACCACCUCAAUCUUUCUCUAAUCCUAUUGCAGAUGAUCCCUCCCUAGCCCCCAAGAUAGUUGAUAAAAGCGUGCCCCCAGAAAUCGUAACUGAACCUACUUAUCCAGAGAAGAUGGAAAAAAAAUCAAAGGAUAAAGAUAAGUACAAAGAGAAACCCAAGGAUGAAUCGAAAGCUUCCAUGAGUUUUGAUAAUGUUCUAUUUAAUGAUAUGAAGGGAACUAAAGAGGUAGAUGUUUAAACAACUCAUUAAUUUCAAGAUUUUAUCAAACUGUUAUAAUUAAAUAUAAAUUAGAAUAAUCAUUUUUAUAUCCAAGUUCAUAAAUAUAAUUAAGAAACAUUUCAAGCGGAAUAUUAUUCAGAAUAUAUAAUUCUAUUAUGGCCGAUAUAUCACAGAUGAAGUAAUCAGUGUUUUUACUUUCUUCGCUAAUCAAAAACAACAUCAAGAACAGAGCGAGAGAUUCGUUGCUUAUAAUUUGCUACUCCUACCAUUUAUGCACUGAAAAAUAUAUUAUUUGAUUACAAGGACUUCAUUUAAACUAUUACUAAUCUCAAAACUUACUACUUUGUGGAAGAGCCUCGGGUGAGCCUAACUCUGGUUGCUAGAAUAUUCCAUAAAUUUUCAAUAUUUUAUUAACAAAAACUUAUGAAAACUUACGCUCUCAACAACUUGCUUUGCUUCUUCAUGGGACACCCUAUAUGGACUUCCGGCUACUGAUACAUUUUCGCUGAAAUCAUAAAUUAUCUAAGUCAAGACUUAAUAAACACCUUUGCUGUAAUUACUAACCAGGCCAAUCCACAUGCAUCACAUUGCUGAGCUAGGAGCUUUUGCCAUUGAACAUGUGUUUCCUUAAUUAUUUCUAAAGCAAAUUCCU